AUGGUGGCGAUGAACUCGAUGGAGUUGCUGAUCCCUAAAUUAAGGUUGGGAGAAUGCCACUCCAAAUCCCAACUAUUAGCACUAUCCUCAUCAUGUAUUGCAAAGCAGCAGCCACCGCGUGCAUUGAUGUGUAGAGCAUCAGCGGCGGAAUCCAAUGCGACGGCGCUGGAGCAGACUGGAGGGAAGAUGGUGGUGGAGCUGGUGGGAGCCUUCAACCAGCUGACCCAGAAGAUCAACGUCUUGUCCAGCAGCUCCUCUCGCUUGCUCUUCAAGUCUCUCAAGCUCUCCAUUCCCAUCCUGCAGGCCUUGCCUCUCGCUCCUGAUGGCCGCUCUCCUCUUUCUAAGGCCUUGUCUCUCGCUUUCCUUCUCGCCACUCUCCAGAUGGAUGCAGAAGUUAUUUCGGCUGGCUUACUCACCCCAGUUCUGGAGGCAGGUGCCAUUUCCAUCUAUCAAGUCAGAGAUCGUAUUGGUACUGGCACUGCCCAUCUUUUGCAUGAAAGCAUGCGCUUGAAGAAUAUCCCUUCCAAAGUCGAAGUUUUGGAUGAUGAUAGUGCGGCUGCCCUAAGAAAAUUCUGCCUUACCUUCUAUGACAUCAGGGCUCUCAUUUUGGACCUCGCUCUCAAGCUUGAUACGAUGAGGCAUCUUGAUUACCUUCCAAGAUAUCAACAACAAAUGCUCUCUCUUGAGGUUUUGAAGAUAUAUGCCCCCUUAGCUCAUGCUGUGGGAACCAACCACUUGUCCCUCGAGCUUGAAGAUCUCUCCUUUCGUUAUCUCUUUCCUUAUUCAUACCUGUAUGUCGAUACAUGGCUAAGAAGCCACCAGCCUGGAAAUAAGCCUCUAAUUGACAUAUACAAGGAACAGCUGCUCCAAACUUUAAAAGCUGAUCCUAUCUUAGCUGACAUGGUUGAUGAUGUCGCUGUUAAGGGCCGCUAUAAAAGUCGGUACAGCACAAUGAAGAAGCUUGUGAGAGAUGGCCGUAAGCCAGAAGAAGUAAAUGAUGUUCUAGGAUUGCGAGUCAUAUUGAAUUCUAGGUCUGGCAUAGACAUGUCACAAGUAGGUGAAAGAGCAUGCUACAGGACUCGUGAAAUCAUUCAAUCACUAUGGAAAGAAAUGCCUCACAGAACAAAAGACUAUAUUGCGAGGCCCAAAGCAAAUGGAUAUAAGAGCUUACAUAUGGCAGUUGAUGUGAGUGACAAUGGAAUGAGUAGACCACUUAUGGAAAUACAAAUACGCACUACUGAAAUGGACAUGUUGGCCACAGCUGGAACUGCAUCCCAUUCACUGUACAAGGGUGGACUAACUGAUCCAGAAGAGGCAAAGAGACUUAAGGCCAUAAUGAUUGCUGCAGCUGAACUUGCAGCACUGCGGCUUAAAGAUUUUCCAUCCACAAAUCAUAAAGGCCUUGAGUUUGGUCAGAGAGAUGAAGUAUUCCGCCUUCUUGACAAGAAUGGUGAUGGUAAGAUUAGCAUUGAAGAACUAAUGGAAGUUAUGGAAGAGCUUGGAGCACCAGGGGAAGAUGCCCGAGAGAUGAUGCAGCUCCUCGAUUCAAACAGUGAUGGUUCUCUAAGUUCUGAUGAAUUUGGUUUGUUUCAAAAACAGGUUGAAUUUAUGCGCAAUUUAGAGGACAGAGAUGUCCAAUACAAGACCAUGCUCAAUGACAAGCUCCAAGUAGCAGACAACAGUGGCUUGAUUCAGGUAUACAGCAAAGAAUUUGGUGACAGGCUAGUAAAUUAGAUUUGAUUGACACUUGAUUGAUUGUUGUCAUGUAUAUACUAUAUAGUGAAUCACCCUGUAGCAUAACAAACUAGAACUUUUGAUUUCUCUAAAAUUGUAGUAUUUCAGGAAAAGAGGAAAAGAAAAGCCGUAUAUUGCAUGAAUGCUGUGCAUAGAAUAGCCUCUUGUUUAUUCCCUUUGGAUGGUUGGAGCAUCAAUUAUAAACAACAAACAAUAGAAAAAUAAAAUGUUGAGGGAGGGGGAGAGGCGACAAAUGUUUUCCUUGAUAACAUGGUCAGAUGUUACAUGAUUACGUCAUCAACAAUCAAAAGUAAGAUAGAGAUAAGCUGAUAGUGGAUGUGAAAAGUAAGCAUUUGAUGAUGGAUCAACUUCUUCCGCUCUUUCAUCACCACCCAAACUCUAAAGUCAUUGUUGUCGUUCAGUAAAAUUCUGGGAUCAGUAGCCAUUAUUUGGACAGCAAGCCAACCCUGCUCAGCUCUCCUUACCCCUGUUAACAUGUCUAACCUUUUGUGGAAUCAUUUCUUUCGGAAGAAGUUACACCAAUACUCAAUAGCAUGCCGGAGAUUUUUGCUUUCUCCAACAAAAAUUUGAGAUUAGUGCCACCUUAUUGCUGCAGUCGCAUAAGACAAGGAUGGAAAAAGGUAUAGAUGAUGGACCUGUACGUUGUCUACCAUGAGCAUGACAUAUUGGAUUGAUUUUGGUAUCAGCAUUGGAACUGCAUAUGGUAGUGUUUUAUCAUGAACAAGAAAUAAUUAUGAGCUGGCUUGAUCCUCUUCUCCCUCUUUCCAUGCUACAGUAUAACCUUUUACAGAAAGCUCACACUGAAAAACAUAAGCCUUGAACUAGGCUAUAUAUAUAUAAAAGAGAGGAUUGCAGUUUAUUUAUGUAAACUGAGCUAAACUUGCUCAAUGUUCAUUCAAUUGGGGGGGCAAAUCUCCAUUCAUCAGAAGAGAGGAGAGCUUCUCCUUCAACAAGGGAAAUAGCCAAAUAGGCAGAGUUUAACUGAUGAAAUGUGAUUUUAUAUUCAAUUAUCAAUAUCUAUGAACAUGCAGAAAGCAGCAGCACUGUCUGGAUUACAUUAAAAGACUAGACUGCUGCUUCUGCUUGUAACUGCCAACACAACAUAUCUGCACUUUGGACAUAUGUGCUUAUAGUUAUUUACUUUAGUUUAGGUCUCCCUUUUUCCCCAAAAAGCUAUAAAACAAAAAGAAAAUGCUACUGUAAAUAAACAAAAAAAAAACAUU